AUGUCUCUAGGCGCGCUAACGACUGCUUUCGCGCCGCCGGCAGACUGCCUGGCGACGGAUGGACUGUACUGGGUCAAGACAUCCUCGACUUUCUACUGGCUUUAUGGCAAACCCCACCAGACAUCAUGUUUCCCGGAUAACUACGCGCCGUAUCAAAACAACUACUACUCGCCAGGAGUCUGCCCGUCUGGCUAUGUCGAAAGAUGUCGAUCUUUAUUUACUGGUGGCUCCACCACUGAGACCAGAGCUACCUGUUGUCCUUCAGUCGGGAAUUUCGUAUGUGCAUCCACAUCCAGUCGAUACACAUACCCAUGGGGUCCAACUUUGGGAUGUAUGAGCGUCUACAACAUCGACUUUGAAACGGCGUUCACCACGGUUGAGGCAACGCUCAAUGGUGAUGAGGUGGCUGGCGAGAGCAAGUCGCUUCGGGCACCGGGGACUAUGAUGGCGUACGGCAUCCCAAUCCGGCGUCGGAAUGACGACAACGUUAUAACAUCUGCCUCCCAGCAAACGGCGACGUCGGCAGGCAUUCCUUCCAGCCAAACAAUGGCAACGACAUCAGAAACCGCCGCCGUUCAGGCAACAGCCACGGCACAGGGCGGUCUAAGCGCCGGGGCGGCGGCAGGAAUCGCCGUUGGCGCAACGUUGGGGGGCCUGCUCCUGCUCGGCUGUAUCGCCUUUAUGUUCUGGAACCGCCGGCGGCAACGGAGGCGGGACGUAGCAACUCACUCUCAAGGGCUGUACGAAUACCCUCCCCCUCCUCCGCAGGAGUACACCAGCCAAUACGCAUAUCAACAACCUCAAGGGCAACCCAUGCAAGAACCCAUAUACACCCAAUCAACUGGCAGCUGGCAGCCGACAGAGCUGGCCGGGGGCAAUGAUGGAGUUCAUGAGGUCAGUGGAGGGUAUGUUAUACCCGAGAAGGACGGAACAGGGACGCAUAGAUGA